AUGGGAGUGAAUCAAAGUACGAUUGGUUCUGAUAUAAUAUCAGAUGGAGUAUCUAAUAAUAAUAAUAACAAUAAUCAAGAAUCAAGUCGCAGACAAUCAUCUCCAACAACAACAACAACCGGUUCAACUACAACAACAAUUAAAGCACCAGAAGAUGAAUUGGAUCAAUUUAUGAAAUCAAUGAAUAUAAAUAAAACAUCAAGUGAUCUUGAUUUAAUGAUAGCAGUGAUGAAUGAUAAGUUGAAUAAAGGAGAUUAUGAAACAGCAUAUACAAACCUAAAGCAAUUUGUAUUUAUAACGAUUGAAUCACUGCACAGACACUGUAACAAUACAUUGUUGGCAGAUAAUGCUGAUGGAUCAAAUACAACAUAUAAUGCACAUCAAUCAUCAUAUCUUUUACCAUCAUUACAAAAGCUAGAGGAUUUAUAUCAAUUGGUAAAGAUUAGAUGUGAAGAAUCAAUGAGACAACAACCUCUAUCAAAUAUACAACAACAACAGCAGCCUCAUAUGACAAGUGUAGUACAACAAUUACCAAAACAACAAAUCGUAUUAUACUUGUGUUUAAUGACAUCAAUUCUUCAACAACUAAGAUCAAUGUUGUUAAGAAAGAUUAUAUUGGUUGAUAGCAAGGAUGAUAAAGAACAAGAAGAGGAUGAAGGAUUAUCAGCAUUUGUGGCUUAUCAAUCCAAAGAUAUACUACAGGAUUGUCAAAAUGUGAUAAAGGAUAUGUUACGAGUCAAUCAACAACUACCAAACAAUAAUGAAAACCUUUCAGUCAAGAUUAAAGCAAUUGAUAAUUGUUUUACUUCACUUCAAAGUGUAUUGAAAAUUGUAGUUUCAAAGAUCAAACAAUCUCUUCAAGCAUGUAAUCAACAAUGGGCAUGGAAUAACUUUAUCUUGGAAAAGAAUAGAAAAGGUUUAAAAUUACGUACUUGGCAACCUCAUAAAAUGACAAUCACUCUUCAUAAUCAAUCAUCUCUUUAUCUUGAUCAAAUUUAUACUUUAAUUUGUGAUAGAUUUAAAGAUAAUAGAAUUAAUAUAUUAUUUAAUGAAGCAAAUAGUCAUUUAGAAGAUUUAAUUUUAAAUUUAACAAAUAAUCAAAAAGUUGUAGAUUCUAUACAAUAUUUAUUAGGUGUUGAUGAAUUGGUUGAUUCAUUAUCUGCCAUUUCUGAUAUUUCUUUUAAAUAUUCAAAUUUUAUUUUAGAUAAUUGUAAUUCAACUAACAAAAAAAUUCAAGAAAUUAACAAAUUAAAAUCACGAGUACAAGAUAUAUUAAGUAAUUAUAUAUCACUGGAAUCCGAAUACUUUCAAUUAUCAUUUUCAAUGGCAUUGUAUUUGGAUGAUUUGGGUCAAUUAAUAAUCAAUCUAAAGAAUCAACAAAUGGGAAUCCCUCAAAUGAACCAAGUCGAUAAAACAAUCAAAGAAAUUGAAACUUCUACCAAAGUUGAUGAUAUCUUUUUUGUUUUUAGAAAAGUAAUUCAAAGAGCUCUUUCAACAAAUAGUGCUCCAAGUGUUUGUGCUACAAUUAAUCUUACUUUUACUAGUUUUGAUUCACUUUAUUUACCUUAUUUAGAAAUAUUAUUAAAACAAACAUAUAUUGGAAAUUUUGAAGAUAAAAGAGAUUAUUUUUUGGUAAUAUUAAAUGAUUUUACAUUGACAAGAAAUUAUAUAGAUCAAAUGCAACAGGAAUUAAAGGCAAAUGCAGAACAUACUUUUCAUAAAAAUCAAGAUGAUUGCAAGAUGAUUAUAUCUUGUAUCUAUGGUGAAGCAAUGACAUCGCUAAAGACAAGAAUGGAAACAAUGUUAAAAGAAAAUGUAGAUAAAAUAUUCCAAAUGCUGACAGUACCAAUCAAUCAAUUAUGUUGGCCACUACGAAAUAUCAAAUAUGAAAUUAAUGAUCAAGAAUAUGAAAGAUACGAAAUUAAUGAUCCAUUUGUUCACGAUUUUAUGCAAGGAUUGGAUGAUUUACUCUACAAUUUUAACUCUCAAAUGGUUGAUAAAAAUUUUGAUCUUUUAAUUCAUCUAAUUUCAAAUCAUAUCUCUAUUACUAUUGAAGAUCAUUUAAAACAACAAAAGUUUAAUUUUUUAGGAGCAAUGCAAAUAUCAAAAGAUAUAAGAAGAAUUAUUGAACAUUUAUGUAGUUUAACGAGUGAACAAAAUGUUAGACAUAAAUUUGCAAAAUUAUCACAAAUUGUUCAUUUAUUGACUUUGGAUAAACCUGCAGAUGUUAUGGAUUUAUGGGGAUUGGAGGGAUAUCAAUGGAAACUAUCUGCUCUAGACAUUAAAUUGGUUUUGGCAAGAAGAUCAGAUUUUGAUUUAAAAUCUGUACAUAAUCUUGUUUUAAAAUAA